UUGGAAAAAUGUAAAGAUAUUGAUGAAUGUAAACCACCCAUUGGUAUAUAUUGUGGAGCAAAUGCUCGAUGUCAGAAUGUUGAAGGAAGUUUCUACUGUCUCUGUGACCCUGGAUACAAACUCCUCUCUGGAGAUGCACAAUUCAAGGAUUCUAAUGAGAACACUUGUCAGAAGAUCACCUCUUCAGACACAACCAAAGGCAGCCAACAGGCACAGGUGUGGCGAUCAUGGGCACGUGACAGGCGUGGGGCAAGGAAGGUGAUGGAAGAAAUGGUGCUGGCACUUUAUUUUUCUGUUGCUUCAGGUCCCAGUGCAGUUGCCUUUAUUUCAUACUCUUCUUUUGGAAACAUCAUAAAUGCAACUUUUUUUGAUGAGAUGAAUGAGAAAGAUCGAGUUUACCUGAACUCCCAAGUAGUGAGCGCAGCUAUUGGACCCAAAAGGAACACAUCUCUCUCCAACUCUGUGAUUGUGAGUUUUCAGCAAGUGAAGGUGGGCUCAGCUGCCCGCGCCAUGGCCUACCUCUUCACCAUCAUCAACAGCCUGCAGGGCGUCUUCAUCUUCCUGGUCUACUGCGUCCUCAGCCAGCAGGAGGAGGACCCUGCCCUGGCUGUGAUCACCUAUGUGGGGCUGAGCCUGUCUCUGCUGUGCCUCCUCCUGGCGGCCCUCACCUUCCUGCUGUGCAAAGCCAUCCAGAACACCAGCACCUCCCUCCACCUGCAGCUCUCGCUCUGCCUCUUCCUGGCUCACCUGCUCUUCCUCACGGCCAUCGACAGAACUGAGCCCGAGGUGCUGUGCGCCAUCAUCGCGGGUGCCUUACACUACCUCUACCUGGCCUCCUUCACCUGGAUGCUGCUGGAGGGCCUGCACCUCUUCCUCACUGCACGCAACCUGACUGUGGUCAACUACUCCAGCAUGAGCAGGUUCAUGAAGUGGCUCAUGUUCCCUGUGGGCUACGGAGUCCCGGCUGUGAUUGUGGCCAUUUCGGCAGCUUCCAGGCCUCACCUUUAUGGAACACCUGAUCGCUGCUGGCUCCAACUGCAACAAGGAUUCAUCUGGGUUUUCCUUGGUCCUAUCUGUGCUAUUAUCUGUGUGAAUUUAGUAUUUUUUCUCUUGGUCCUUUGGAUUUUAAAGAGGAAGCUCUCCUCCCUCAACAGUGAUGUGUCAACCAUCCAGAAUACGAACAUGGAGGAGGGUGGCCACUGGUCCAGAGAUGGCUGUUUCCUGAUACAAAAGAACAAGACUCAUACCAUGUGCAAUUGUACCCACCUGUCCAGUUUCGCUGUCCUCGUGGCCUUCACCAGCCAGGUCCGAAAGUGGUUGAGAGACAUCAUCAAACCUAAAUCUGAGUCUGAGACUUACACACUUAGCAGCAGGUUUGGCCAUUACUCAAAACCCAGUGUGGACAACUGAAGAGAAAAUAUUAAAACUAGAACAUUCAACUCCAUAUGGAAAGUCAUAUCCGUGGAUCUGGUUGGCAUCAUGAAGAAUGAAGCUGAGGGCAAGGGGAAUCUUUAUACAAACCAUCCUUGGAGAAGAAAUGUUUAACCUAUACUUCCUGAAGUGUUUGUUCUGCAUAAUGGGCUAUCAAUAAAUGUGUGUUA